GCUACGGGAGGAGGAGGGGGCGGAGCCGCGGCAGCUUUGCCCGGUCGCGAUGGCGGCGCUGGCGCUGAGGCGCUGGGCGGGCGGCGCGGCGGCUCCGGGGCGGGGGCAGCGCCGGCUCCGCAGCACCUUCGAUGUGGCAGUGGUGGGCGCGGGCAUCGUGGGGCUCGCCUCUGCCCGGGAGCUCAUCCAGCGGCACCCGGCACUCGCCUUUGCCGUGCUGGAGAAGGAGAUGGAGCCAGCUCACCACCAGAGCGGACACAACAGUGGUGUGAUUCACAGCGGGAUUUACUACACACCUGGAUCUCUGAAGGCCAAGCUGUGUGUGCAGGGUGCUGCCCUCUGCUACGAGUACUGUGACCAGAAGGGAAUACCGUACAAACAGUGUGGGAAGUUGAUUGUCGCCGUUGAACAAGAGGAAAUUCCAAGGCUCAAAGCUCUGUAUGAGAGAGGGCUGCAGAACAAUGUCCGAGGGCUGAAACUGAUUGGAGCAAAAGAAAUACAAGAGAAGGAACCCUUCUGUAGGGGUGUGAUGGCCAUUGAUUCUCCGUACACUGGCAUUGUGGAUUACAAACAAGUGGCCCAGUCCUAUGCUGAAGACUUCCAGGCAGCCGGUGGGACCGUCUUGACGGAUUUUGAAGUUACAAACAUGGAGAUGGCUAGGGAAAGUUCUUCAGGAAGUGAAGAUGGGCUGAAAUACCCCGUCGUUGUUAGGAACUCGAAGGGUGAGGAAAUACGCUGUCGGCAUGUUGUGACCUGUGCAGGGCUUUAUUCUGACCGCCUCUCUGAGAUCAGCGGCUGCAGCCCUGAACCUCGUAUUGUGCCCUUCCGUGGAGACUACUUGGUGCUCAAACCAGAGAAGUGCUAUAUGGUGAAAGGGAAUAUAUAUCCGGUUCCUGAUCCUCGCUUCCCUUUUCUGGGAUUUCAUUUCACACCGAGGAUGGACGGCAGUGUCUGGCUUGGGCCUAAUGCAGUCCUGGCCUUCAAGCGAGAGGGCUACAAGUUGUUUGACUUCAGCGCUGGAGACUUUUUAGAUGCUGUAACUUACAGUGGGCUGUGGAAGCUUGUGCUGCGAAACUUGUCUUAUGGGUUGAAUGAGAUGUACAGAGCAUGUUUCCUGAGCGCACAGGUGAAGCAGCUUCAGAAGUUCAUCCCCGAGGUCACCGUCAAUGACGUACUCAGGGGUCCAUCCGGAGUGAGAGCUCAAGCGAUGGACGGUGACGGAAACUUGUUAGAUGACUUUGUGUUUGAUGGAGGCAGCGGGGAUAUUGGAAGCAGAAUACUUCAUGUCAGAAAUGCCCCUUCUCCUGCUGCUACCUCCUCCCUUGCCAUCGCAAAAAUGAUUGCAGAUGAAGUGAAGCAACGAUUUGAACUGUGAAUUUUUUAAAGUGUAGUGCAGUUUUACCCCUUGUGUCUGUGUGGCAGCUUGUCUGCAGCGAAUGAACUCUGCAGCCUUUAAGGACAAAGAACAGGCAUCGAGUUGCUUGCAAGAUCGGCGCUGGUGCGGCUGUGUAGCGCAAAGCCAGCAUUUGGAGUGUUUGCCUUCGCCAGCCCACGGCCUCAGCCUCAGGUCUAGAGUUGUAGUGCCAGGUAAGACACCUGGUGGGACACAAGAAGCACUUGGGCAGUGCCUUCAGACACAUGAUGUGAAUGUUGGAGUUGUCCUGUGCAGGGACAGGAGCUGGAUUCAAUGAUCCUUGUAGGUCCCUUCCAACUGUGGACAUUCUAUGAUUCACUGACCUAAUGCAGUGCCGCCAUCUGCAAGGAAGAGGCAAACGGUCCCGCUCACAGUGAAGGUUUGUCCACCUGAGUGGGAUCUGGCUGCGGAGGAGUUGGUGCCAGGCACAACCUGAGGGUCUCCCAGGUGGCAUUGACCACGUAGACUUCCCGUGCCUCUGGUCUCACCAUUGCCACCUCUGUGCAGUUUGGAGGAGUGGUUGGUCCUCUGGGAAACAAGAAGCACGGGGAGGUCCUCUGUGUGCUUGCUCUGUCUCUGUUUAAAUCGGUUUGGAGUCUGCAGUUCCCUAACUUAAAUUUAAGUAAUGGAGAUAGAAGGAUAAGCCCUGCUUAAGGGUUCUGCUGAUAUGGAAUUAAAGGCUUUAUCAGAGACCACAAACAAUUCUGAGCCUUCUAGAUGAAUAUAGAGUAUUUCAGAGGAAAAUAAGCCUAACAAGGAUUACCAAAUCCAAGUCAAUUUAGAUGUGCAGUUCAGAUACGCUUUCUAUCUGAUCAUUGUUUCUAUUUUUUAUGGAGCUGAAAUUAAAACGUACACAUGAAGAGUCAUUUUUCUUUUAACUUAAAAUCUGGGAAGCCUGCACUGAUCGGAAACUACUUCAGUGGUUCUGGAGGUUGUUUUCCCUUUGAAUACCAGCAGUGCAGAAGGAGCUUAUCUUUGUGCAGCAUGUUAAGCAAUCCAGUGGGAAUGGGCUUUGUAAAGGCAAACGUGAUGGGAGAAACCUGUCUGCAUUGAGUCAUGCCGCACGCUGCUUCCCUGGAGCCCAAACAGCAAUGAGUCAGGAAGGCUUCCUGUUUCCCACCUGGCUGGCAAGAGGGGAGCUUGGAAAGUGCCAGUUGCUCUCCCGAACCCUUGUUGGUGUUUGAAGUGUUAUCAAAGGUACACCUGGAGGAGAGGCAGUGGAGAAGGUGCUUUAAGCCACGGAGAGGUGUUAAACAAGUUGGGUGCUCGUUGUGCGGCUUGGUGUGUUCUGCGUAAUUGCUGCAAGAAGGAAUUCCGUGGCCUCGGGGACAAAGUACUUGAGAAUGCUUUCACAGCAGAUGUUCACAGGAUGUUGGGUAACACGGAUAAUUGUGGGUACUUUGCUACCAGGCGUUUUGCCAUGCUCCUCUCUUUUAGAGUUGCUUUCUGCUCUCUUCUGACAUGCAUGAGGGACUAUGUUAGCAUGGGAACUUGGGUGUGUUUGCACUGCACAGAGCUGAGCUGCUUUUGACAGAGAAAGGGAUUAACUUGUCUUUUCUUCUUCCCAGUGAUACCUCCUUUACCUGAAAAGUGACUCCUGUAUAAGGGCAACCUGGACAUUCAAAUAAGGAGCCCUUCAAAGAAAAGCUCUGGUCAUUAUUCUAGGCCUUAGGAGGAAUUUCUUCAUGAUGAGGGUGGUGAAGCCCUGGCCCGGAUUGCCCGGGGAAGUUGUGGCUGCCCCAUCCCUGGAGCUGCUCAAGGCCGGGUUGGAUGGGGCUUGGAGCCCCUGAUCCAGUGGGAGGUGUCCCUGCCCAUGGCAGGGGGUGGGACUGGAUGGGCUUUGAGAUCCCUUCCAACCCAAACCAUUCUAUGAUUCUUAGCUGCAAUGACACCAGGCAGGGAUUCAGAUAUUCCAAAUGCUGGGAUGCCGUACAGCUGUGUAGCAGUGCUGCUUUCCCAGUGGAACACUCGCAUCGUUGCUCCCCGCCAGCAGUGUUGCCUGUCAACAGUAAAACCUACACAAGGGUUGCAAAAGCGACCUCCUCCCACGCAAGGUGCGGCCUCGACAUGUGUGAACAGAAUAAAGAACAUUACGAUGCGAAACGGUCGCAUCCUAUGGUGGAUGGUGAGUCAGGACAUUGAACCAUGCUGUGUUCUGCGCUCUCAGGAGAUGACUAUUUACAGUUUCACUGGAGAGUUUAAACUACGAACCUUCCUGGAGCGUUCUGUGAAAUCUUUAUAUUUUCAGAGAUAAAGUUAUCAUAGAAUGGUUUGGGUUAGAAGGGACCCCAAAGCCCAUCAUGUCCUACCCCCUGCCAUGGGCAGGGACACCUCCCACUGGAUGAGGGGCUCCAAGCCCCAUCCAACCUGGCCUUGAACACCUCCAGGCAGCCACCACUGCUCUGGGCAACCUGUUCCAGGGCCUCACCACCCUCAUAGUGAAGAAAUUCUUCCUUAUGUCUAGUCUCAAUCUGUCCCUCUCCAGUUUUUAGCGAUUGUCCUUUGUCCUAUCACUCCAAGCCUUUGUGAACAGCCCCUCUCCAGCUUUCUUUUAGCCCCUUCAGGGACUGGAAGGUUGCUAUAAGGUCUCCUUGGAUCCUUCUCUUCUCCAGGCUGAACAACCCCAACUCUCUCAGCCUGUCCUCGUAUGGGAGGUGCUCCAGCCCUUGGAUCAUCUUUGUAGCCUUCUCUGGACUUGUUCCAACAAUGGGUUUAAACCAUUUUUGAAGGAAUAACUUCCAAGAAUUACAAUAAUGGGGUUUCUCCAUAUAUCUUGUUGCUCAUGAAGGGUACGAAUGUAUUUUUUGAAAGUUUCUAAUUCACUCGGAUGGCAUUAAUAUCAUUGCCUUUCUCCAGCGCAUUUAAAGUAGUGUGGUGGGGUUUUAAUUGCUAUAAAGUCUGUGUGAUUCUCCUGCCUGACUGGUGUUUGCUAAUUCCCACCUGAAUCCGGCAGGAUGUAGCUUUGUAGAACAGGAAUUGCUGUAUUUGGGGACACACACCUGAACGAACUUUUCUUCCUAAAGAAUCUUAGCUGUGCUUAUCACACUCCACAGCUUUUCCCUGAGUGCGUGCAGUGGACAGGACGUGUCUUAACCCCGGUGGGGACCUGUAACAGCGUGGGGAAUGGUAAUGCCUGAAAAUCAGAAUAAAUGCAUUCAGACAGCUUUGUGUGAACACUAAAGUAUCCUAUAAGGUCAGCCCUCGGCGUUGGGAACAGUAUGGUAUAGUGUAUCUUCCUUAAAAUAGAUAUAAAGGUGUGAGAGCAGAAUACAAUGCCAUCAGAAGGGAAAUGAGGGAGAAGUCAGCUGCAGGGGUUGGUCAGGGGGUGGAGGGGACCGUGACAGACACUUUACUGAGGCAGGGAGAGGCAUCCAGGGAGGAAAAGUGCCCCAGGGAAAGGAGAAAUGUCCAGGGAAGAAAAGUGUCUGGGGAGGAGAAGCGUCCAGUGAGAAUUGUCCAGAGAGAAAUGCCCAGGGAGAGGGAGGAAAAUCGCCCCGAGGAAGGGAGGAGAAGUGUCCAGGGAGGAAAAGUGCCCCAGGGGAAGGGAGGAGUGUCUAGGGAGAAGUGCACCAGGGAGGGAGGUGGCUGCUGGUGGGUUCUUGAGCACCACGGCACAGCUGCUGCUGGUGCCUCUUCCCAGGAUGGGGGGUCCUGGCCAAGCCUUGUGUGCCGGAGAUACUAUGGGAAAGCAGCAUCCAGCAUUGUCACAGCAAGGACUGUGGGGUUGAAGCAUGGUGCCUGGCUCCAGGUAAUUAAUGAAUGAAAGGUAGUGGAUGUUGUCUACCUCGAUUUUAGUAAAGCCUUUGAGACCAUCUCCUACAGCAUUCUUCUGGAGAAGCUGGCGGCUCAUGGCUUGGAUGGGUGUACUCUUCAAUGGGUAGAAAACUGGCUGGAUGGCAAAGCCCAGAGAGUUGUGGUGAACGGAGUUGAAUCCUGUUGGCGGCCGGUGACAGGCGGUGUCCCCAGGGCUCUGUGUUGGGGCUGGUUCUGCUUAAUCUCUUUAUCCAUGAUCUGGAUGAGGGGAUCAAGUGCUUCCCUCAGUCAGUUUGCAGGUGACAGCAAGUUGUGCCGGGAGCGUUGAUCUGCUGGAGGGCACAGAGGCUCUGCAGAGGGAGCUAGACAGGCUGGAUCGAUGGCCAAGGCCAGUGGGAUGAGGUUCAACAAUGCCAAGUGCCAGGUCCUACACUUGGGUUGCAACAACCCUGUGUAGCCUCAGGCUUGGGGAAGAGUGGCUGGAAAGCUGCCUGGAGGAGAAGGACCUGGGAGUGUUGCUCGACAGCGGCUGAACAUGAGCCAGCAGUGGCCCAGGUGGCCAAGAAGGCCAAUGGCAUGUUGGCCUGGAUCAGCCAUGCGGGAGCAGGGAAGGGAUCGUCCCCCUAGACUCAGCACUGGUGAGGCCGCACCUCGAAUCCUGGGUUCAGUUUUGGGCCCCUCGCUCCAAGAAGGACAUUGAGGGGCUGGAGCGCAUCCAGAGGAGGGAACGGAGCUGGUGAAGGGCCCAUCUGACCUGGCCUUGAACAUCUCCAGGGAUGGGACAGCCACCACUUCCCUGGACAACCUGCUCCAGGGCCUCACGACUCUCAUGGUGAAGAAAUUCCUCAGUGUGUCCAGUCUAAAUCUGCUUCUCUCCAGUUUAUACCCAUUGCCCCAUGUCUAUCACU